GCUCGAUUCAGUCAACAUCAUUUUGAAUUACAAUAAGAAUGGAACCUGCUAUGUUUUAAUAACCGGAAAACAAUCAAAAGACAAUAGUCACAGAUACUGAACACAAAUAUAAAUAAUAGUAAUGAUAAUAAUGAUGAUGAUGAUGUCAUUUGUGCAGCGCCCUAUGCAUAGCGUCAGAGGCGCCGGAUAAGCAAAAAAAUGCCAGCAGGGCCGCGAGAGACAUGUUCAAAGAGAUGCUGUUUCAAUCGCUUCUUAAACAUUUCUAUGGAUGAUUGAUGACAGAUGCUGAGUGGCAGACUGUAGAUGUAAUAAAUGAAUAGAUUAAUGUGGAUACGAAUCUACGUCAUUUGUUAUUUGUAUUUGUUUUUAAAAUACAUAAUGUAAACAUGAGUUAAUAACAGGUCAGCAAUAAAAGCCGAUAAAAAUUGGAAAUAAAAAAUUUAAAACAGUCUGCUUUUUGUGAGUCAACAAUUUCACAGAUUAAAAAUUUUUCUCAUAUUGACUUUUUAUUAUCACAAAUUAAUCUCAACAAUUUUUAUUGAUGAUCAACACACGGCAAAUUUAAAAGUUGAAAUAAGAACUAUUUUGUGAACCGGACCGCACAGCCUGCAUAUGAAUGUAUCCGUACGCUCCAUGCAUGGGACACAUGAAUCCCGUGCCUUAUAUGACCGGUUACUCCUCGCCGUACAUGAUGCCUCCAAUGUACCCUGCCUGUCAGAACGUCUACCCUCGUCCCUGCUAUCCCGGAGUCUUCCCACCCAUCCUGCCGGGUUAUCCACCUUUCAUGCUGGCCGACGGAAUGGAAUGUUCCUGUAGAAGGUGCAAUAAUGAACCAAUUCAAAUUCUCGUGACAAACAGCGGAGGCAAGGUGAGGAGCAGGAAACCAAACGUCUUCAAGAACGAUCUCAUCUGCACCAACAGUUUGAGUUCUUGCGAUGUGUGCACAGACUCUUCGAACAAGAACACGAUUCGAUACAAGGAUGGCGUUCCCAUCAUAACGCCCAAGAUAAUUAUGUCGCAGAAGAAAAAGUUGAAGAGGUUGAAGAGGUUGUGUUCCGACAUCGAUUGCUACAAACAUUUUCAUUCUUUGGAAGAACUUAUGACAGCCAUCUUGGCGCAGAUGAAAUCGACCGGCUGGAAAGGAAAGAAAAACCCUCAACCUCAAGACAAAGGUGAGAAGAAAGUUGAGAAGAAGGAAGUUGAAAAGAAGGCAUCUGAACCAUCUGAUCAGGCGUCUGCAACCUCUGCUGAUUCAGGAGCCGUCACAGAGGCGAGUGAAGAAUAAAAAUAAGCGUGAAAAGUACUUACUGGCUGUUGAUGAGAUUAAUUUCUGCUGUAAACACCACGUUUCAAUAAAAAUUAAUACAUAUUUGUUUGUUUUUGUUUAAACUUGAUUUUAUAUUAUAUUAUAUACCUAAUGUAGCUGUCUGUUUUCUCAAAGGAAAGCCAUAGUCAAUAUGUUUUGAUAUAAAAAUAUUUUACUUUCAAUGGGUCUUGGUAAUAAACAUCCCCAGAAAAA